AGGUGAGAUGCUGAAUGAUGACAUCACGACAACAUCUGCGACGACAUCAACAAGAUCAACAAACGUAUCGAACUAGAAGACUGAAAGAAGCUCUUUGUCUCCUCCAGAUCAGGAUGUUGACUUGCUGGGGUGGCGUUGCUCACGUUUCCUGUUUUAAAGUGACCGAAGGUGGCGUGGCCUCCCUCUCCUGUCAAUACUCGGUGAAACGUUUCGGCUUGAGUCGGGUGUGCUGGGGCCGCGGCUGCGGGACCCUCUGGUGCAGCAACAUCCUGAUCCAGACUGAUGAGAAAGGUGUUAUCUCCAAGACGGACGAUCGCUACCGGCUGACGGGAGACGUCCUCGAAGGACAAAUGGACCUCGACAUCGCAGACGUGAGGCGGAGUGACAGCGGGCCGUACUGCUGCAGGGUGGACAUCGACGGGCUGUUCAAUGACAAGAAGGUGAUCAUGAACCUGAGGGUGGUCAAAGCUUCGAUCAACAAUCCUACAACGACAUUGUCAACAACAUCAACCACGACAACACAAGUGACGGAAGUGUCGACUUCUGCGGUUAACAGGCAAACGCUGCCGCGGUCACCUCAGCUGGACCUUGUCAAGAGGAACUCAACAAUUCUGCACCCCACCACCAUCACGGUGGUGAACCCUUCCGCAACACUCUCCCUUCACGUCAACGUUCCUGUCCUGUCACUCUCUCUCACCGUGCUGAUAACGUUGGCUGCCGUUUUCCUCUCUCUGGCCUUCAAGCGUGGGUUAUACAGACGGAGCGGCUGUUUUUCAAGUGAGGAACCUCCUCACAUCAUCUACGAGAUCAGGAUGAGAAGACCUGUUCAGGAGAACAUCUAUACUCUUGACUAGACUCAAUCACAAAACAUCACCCAUUGUUUUGACUAUCCGAUUUGUUACAGAAGAGUCCUUGUUUUUUUUUUUUAAAACAGCGUCAACUGAAUUAUGUUUUCUUGUUGUUGAACUGUGAAUAAACCUACCUUUGGUCAUAG